AUGAGCGCGAUGGAACCCGCCAGGGCUCCCGGAGGUCGCAAGAAAUCCACAAGGUCAAAAUCGGGGUGUCGGACUUGCAGAAUUCGACACAUUAAAUGCGAUGAGGGACGCCCUGGGUGCCUGCGCUGCUCUAGCACCGGUCGCGCCUGUGACGGAUAUGGCAUCUGGGAUUCGAGACAUCCGCUUCCCUCCACAACUAGAAGCCUUUCUCAGCACAUGACGCCCUCAUGCUCAUUUUCUCGGAACAAAAUUACGCAGUCAUACUUCGCUUGGUUUAUAACCAGGGCAAGGAAGAAGAUCCCCGGUAUAUUUGCGUCUGACUUCUGGAAUACGCUCGUUCUUCAGGUCAGCGCCCAAGAAGACGCAGUUCUGCACUCUCUGCUAGCACUGGCCUCCGCUCAUAAACGGGGGAUGCUCUCGCCCCAUGACGGAAGUUCGGAGCCUGGUAUAUCUGACGAUGAGAGCUUUAUGUUGCAGCAUUACAAUGCGGCGAUUAUGCAGCUCCAACACCACCUGGCUGUCGGAGAUAAGGAAUCAGUCCGAGUGGUGGCCAUCUCAUGUCUGAUCUUUAUCUGUCUUGAGUUUCUGCGAGGAAACAUCAAGACAGGCGUCAGACACCUUCAGAAUGGCCUAAGCUUGCUUCCUCUUCUCAACUCGCAGUCCGAAGUCGAGAGUGGUAUUGUUGUGCUCAAGUUCCACAACGAGUCAGUGGAAGAUACCGUCACAGAAGCAUUCCUCCUCAUCGAAAUUGUGCCUUUCCUACCAUAG